AUGGCUCAGCUCGAAUUUAGCAUCCCCUCCACCAUACCGGAGCCGUUCUCGCCCAACUAUCUCUUCGCGAAAGACGAGAUCCCCGAUUUCCUCGUACCAAAACGGGUACACAAUUUUGUCAACACAACAUCCGCGAACAGCCUCACGACUUCUCGACUUGAUAGCUAUGCCACUCUCACCAACUCCACAGAGGAGAGUGGUAGUGUCACCCUUGACUAUGGCGUCGCCGUGACAGGCAUCCCAGUGCUACAUAUCCACGGGCUUGGCACGCCUUCCAACAAGGCGUUGAUUGACUUCACGGUUUCCGAAGGUUACCCAGGGAUCACAAAGGGCGAAGGCGAUGGGCCAUACCCUUUCUCAGCCGGUGCCGAUACCUCCCGCCGUGUUCGCUUUCGAGUGAGCGGCCCGGGCUUCUACGAGGCCAAGUGUGUGCAAGGAAGCCAGCGCUGGCUCAAGGUCUCUCUCAUCACGAAGAGCCCAUGCUCCGUACGCAUCUCUCUGGUAGGCUUCGUGCCCACAACCUCGAAUAUUCCGGUUGAUAAGCUUCCGGGAUACUUUCAAUGCUCUGACGAGACUCUGUCAGAGCUCUGGGGAUAUGGAGCGAGGACGUUGCAGCUGAACUGCGUACCGGCUCGCUCUAUACCUUCCCCAUGGCAGGUAUCGGAAGACAUGGGUGUCUUGGUAAACUCUCAAAGAUGCAAUGCUUAUGGGUGGGGACAUUUGUGGACGGACUACAACUUGGAGUUUGAUGGCAUGAUCCUUGAGGGAGGUCUAGCGUGGAUGGUUCGCGUGUCUCCUGGCAUGCCGGGAAUGCUCUUCCAACUCAAUGUUGAAAAUGGCAAAGCAGUCAUUGAACAGUGGUUCGGCUACUACAAUAAGCCCCAAACAACUUUGAUUCCAAAGCUCAUUGCCUCAGUUGAGAUCCCUGAGCCCAAGAUAUCUGAAGGCGAAUGGUUGCGCAUUAGGACGAGUUGCAUCGGCGACGCCCCUGUGUCUAUCAGCAUCGACGACAGCCAAGUUGUAACUUUCAAGCAAGGUGGUCUGAAAGUCGAGGGCUUCGCAAGUCUUGCAGUUCCUCCCGAUCACCCCGAUUUCCCCUAUUUCCCCAAGGGCUCCGUUGCCAUCGGGGCAGGGCAAGAUCAACUUUGCCGCUUCAGAAACCUCAUGGUCCGAAAUCCUAACAAUGAAGUACUUUACCAAUCUGGGCUUAAUACACCGGCGGUUCUCGGUGACUUUGGCUUGAAAACAAAUCAGUUUCCAUUCGUCUUUGAUGGUGCCAAGCGGGAUCGAUACCCAUGGACAGCCGACAUCAUCGUGGGUGGACGAUCAGCUUACUACUCCACGGCGGGCUCAGAGUACAUACGAGGGAACAUUGCCGCUUCUAUGUUGAGGUUUAAGGGUGACGAAACAGGGCGACGGCUUCUUCCGGGAGGGGUGCCUCCUGGCCGAGACUUCACCAGAGAUCUGACUGACGGUUUCUUCAAUAUUGAGACAAUCAACUACUCUCUCUACCUGAUCCUUGUGAUCUACGACUACUGGCUGUACACCGGAGACGAUGAUUUGGUCAAGGUCUGCUGGGACAAGCUGAAAAGCUGCAUCGCCUAUGUUUCAGCACGAGUAAACAAGGACGGUCUUGUCUGCGCCGAAGGCUUCGACGCGGGAGACUACGGCAUCUCCGACAAAGCGGCAGCAGAAGCCUACGCAAUGUCGGCCAUAAGCAUGGUGGACGCAGUUCGGAAGCACUGCUUCAACGCAAACUCGGGGCACUACAAUAUCACAGACACUCGCACCGAAGGCUUCCAGCAAGAAAUGCACGCCUGGCUUAUUCCAAAACACAUAUGCAAAGAAGAGCAGAUGCCUAGCCUGCUCGACAAGUUCGGUUCCCUCGUCUUGCCCUCUACCAUCAAUGAGGCCCCUUUAUCCUUUAGCCCAGACACCCCCGGUCCACCGCCCGUCAUCUCACCCAUAAUGUCCGCCUUCCACAUUCAAGCUGCGCUUCAAGCAGGUCGACCAGCCGAAGGCGAGCGCGUACUUCGCAGCGUCUUUAGCCCCAUGGCAGACAAAUCAAGCGAACACUUCACCGGCACUACCUGGGAGUUUCUCAACCCCGACGGCACGCCUUUCAAAGGCAACUUUUGUUCAUACGCGCAGCUCUUUGGCGCCGGGCCGACCUCGAUACUGUCGCAGUACGCCCUGGGCGUCGAGCCUCUCGCGCCUGGGUUCAAGGAGUUUAAGAUCUGGCCGAGGUUUGAUGUGAAUGGGCUGAAAUGGGCGCAAGGAAGAGUACCGACGCCUGUUGGGGAUGGAAUCGUUGUGAAGUGGCAAGUGUUUAAGGCUGGGUGGUUGCUGGAGGCCUGGGCGCCGCUUGGUCUUGAGGGCAAAGUGAGAAUUCCCAGUCAGGUCUGGGAGAGGAAACAGAGUAUUUCUGUUGACGGCAAACAGGCAGGGGUCGAACUUGAGGUGCCUUUCACGAAGCACAUCAAGAUUGCUGUCACAUUUAGAUAA